ACAGGUUCCUUCUUCCUCCCUCUUCCUGCUCUUUCCUCAUUUCCUGCCUCUCCCGAGUCUCCCGCCCUCUCUCACAGCGGGAGAGAACAGAGGUCAACUCACCAGGAAGGGGCCGUGCUCUGUAAGGAACCCAUCUAGGGAGCUGCAGCCAGGACCCCCGUUGAGCCAAAGCACUACGGGGCUGUUCUUUGGGUCUUUCUGCGACUCCACAAACCUAGGAAGGGGACAGGGCAGGAUUGAUGCAAGUAAGAGACCCUGUCCUGCCUGGGGUCAUCAGAACUCGCCCGCCCAGUUACCAUGCCCUCCUCGGUAGGCAGGGCCGCAUACCAGUAAUGGAAGUGCUUGGAAUCCGAGGCUCUGAGGUAGCCGGAGUACUGCUGGAAAGCCGGCUGCUUGGCCAGGCCGGGGAGGCAAUCGAUUUUAUCCUGAUCCGGAGCUGCUUCGCCCCGGGACAUCCAGGACACGAGCAGCAGCAAGAGCAGUGGAGACAGCGCGGCUCGGAGCAUCUGCGGGAGGAAGCGUCGGCAGAGGAUGUUUACCGGUCUCCCCGCUCCUUGGCGCUUUGGUGCAGCAGUCCCAGGGGAGGAGCCGGUGCGCAUCUCCCCGGGAAGCCCUCACCCGGGUUCAGCUCCCGGUCCCAGAACCUCGUUCACUGCCCAUCAGCCCGGGAAUCUCCUUACCUCUGCUUCCCUGCGUCCUUGCUCUCCAGGAGGCGCCGGUGGACUGGAAGUCAUGUGUAGGCCUAGUCACGUGAACUUCUGCAUCACGUGACAGUUUGCUCACGUCCACUUUUUUGUCUGCGGGCCUGAGGGUCGGGAGCGGUCAGUUACCAGGUCAAAGUGCACUGCCCCGCCGAUUAGUAGCUAGGGUGUCAGAGAUCAGAUGAUCUUGGUGUUGACAGCAAGGUUUCCCAGGCUCCUGGGGACAUGUCACUGGCGAGAUGCCAAGAAGCGGCGCUAGGACCCCUGGGCUGAGCAGGGGUUAGGUAGGCAAGGGGGAAAUGCCUUACAUGGUCCCCCCGCGGUCACCCUCUGAGCCUGCCGCCCAAAAUAGCCCUUGACAUGAGCUUGCUUGCCUCAUGGCGGCGGCGAGAUGGCUGCUGUCUCCGAACUCGUAGGGUUGGGUGGCCCACGGGACCCUGCGCGCCCGGAGCCCCCUCCCACCCGCUUCCAUCAUGUGCACGGAGCCAACAUCCGCGUGGACCCGUCGGGGACGCGAGCCACACGCGUGGAGAGCUUCGCCCACGGUGUGUGCUUCAGUCGCGAGCCCCUUGUCCCGGGCCAGGUAUUCCUAGUGGAGAUAGAGGAAAAAGAACUGGGCUGGUGCGGGCAUCUGCGUCUUGGCCUGACCGCUCUGGAUCCGGCCACUCUGGCCGCUGUGCCCGAGUUUUCACUGCCUGACCUGGUCAGCCUUGGCCACAGCUGGGUCUUCGCCAUCACACGCCACCACAACCGCGUGCCCCGGGAGGGUCAAGCAGAUGCAGAGUCAGCGGCCCCCAGCCGCCCCCAAGCCCUCUUGGUUGAACCCUACCUGCGCAUCGAGCAGUUCCGAAUACCCCGGGACCGCCUGGUGGGCCGCAGCCGGCCAGGGCUCUAUAGCCACCUCUUGGACCAGCUCUAUGAACAAAACGUGCUGCCUCCUACAGCGCGUCGUAGCCGCCUGGGUGUUCUCUUCUGCCCGCGUGAGGAUGGGACCGCCGACAUGCACAUCAUCAUCAACGGGGAAGACAUGGGCCCCAGUGCCCGGGGGCUGCCCGCUGCCCGGCCCCUCUACGCUGUGGUAGAUGUGUUUGCCUCCACCAAGAGUGUGCGCCUGGUCCAACUGGAGUAUGGCUUGCCGUCCCUGCAAACCCUGUGCCGUCUGGUGAUCCAGAAGAGUGUGGUGCACAGGGUGGCCAUUGAUGGGCUCCAGCUGCCCAAAGGACUGAAGGAUUUCUGCAAGUAUGAAUGAAGACCUGUGGCCACCGGAGCAAAGCCACAGAAGUGCAUCCUGCUUCCAGAGCCGUGGCUAAUCUGAAGCUGGCCACACGGCUAACAAUCAGGGCGGGAAAUAAGUAACUGGUGUUGAUGUUCUGAGCACUGGAGGUCUCCUUGCCUCUGCAGCCUUGGAAGAGGCACUUCUGGAGUCACCAGGUCAGAGAAAGUGUUUUAGAACCCAUCUAGAUCAGGGCUCCCUAGUGUGUAUGCCCCUUUGAAUUGUCUGGGGCACUUGGUGAGUGCCAAUGCACCGCACAUGCCCCUUCCAUAUUCUCCUUUGGUUUGUGGUUUGUCAGGGAAUUAAACUCAGUCAUCGUGGCUUUUUGUGUUGUCUUGUUUUAGACAAGGUCUUACCUGCAGCCUAGGCUGGCCGUAGACUUCCAUGUUCUGAGAUUAAAGGCGUGAGCCUCCAUGCCUGACUUGACACUGUUUUUUUGUAAAGGAGUCUCUUCAGAGAGUCUAAUACAUGGUCAGAGUGGAGAGGCAUUUCACUAGAUCAGAGGUUUCACCUUCGGAAAAGACUGUAUUUAGUGUUUUGUUUUUGGUGUGUUUGAGACAGGGUCUUACUGUGUAGCACAGGCUGAUCUUGAACUGUGGCAGCCCUCCUAUCUCAACCUGAGGGUACAGGCAUGGCCUCCUGGUUCUGGCUUCUGUCUUUCGCAGUACUAGGGAUUGAGUUUAGUGCCCCAUGCUUGCUGGAUGAGUGUGUACCACCAAACCACAGUCCCCAGCCUCGCCCAACCCUUUAAAGGCGAGGGAGGUCUCAAUAUGUGGCCCUCGCUGGUGUGAAACUCACAAAGACUUGCCUGUCUUUGCCUUCUGAAUGCUGGGAUUAAGGCGUGUACCACCAUGCCCAGCUGCCAGCCCUCUUUUUAUUCAUCAUUUAGGACAGAGUCUAAGUUCCUCAUGCUGACCUUAAACUUGUGAUCCCUCUGCCCCAGCUUCCCAGGUAGCUGGAUUCCAGGCCUGUUCCAUCAGGCCUGACUAUACUGUCUUCAGGAACUUCAGAAUAUUGGUACAGAGGUCUGUCCCUGGGAUUCUGUUAGCUGCUAAGAUGGAGCAGGGCCCUAGUGUUGUUCAACGUCUCCUAGAGCCUGUGCUGGCCACCAAUGACCUGGACCAACCAUGUCACUAUGCCUGGUUCUAGCAAAUAAUUUAAAAUCAACAACAACAACAACAACAAAAAACAACAACAACAACAAAAAACAAGCCAGGGUCAGGCUGGAGAGAUGGCUCAGUGGUUAAGUGGUUAAGUGUGGUGAUAUAUUGUGUACACUAAUAAACUUUGUGUGAAGAUCAGAGAACAGAGCAAGCUACUAGAUUAAAUAUAGAAGCCAGGCAGUGGUGGCA